AUGAGGCGAGAAGCGGGCUGCCGUCCAUCAUCUAAACCACAUAUACGCGAAGGAGUGUGGUCUGGCUUUGUUGGUGUAAAUGUGUCUAAGUCAAAAAAGAAACCUGCAGAACAAGAAGUUGAAGAUCAUCGUCUAAGACAACAGAGUACAGAGGCAGAUAAUGGAGAAGAUAUCCCAGUUAUCCCUGACUUGGAGGAAGUACAAGAGGAGGACUUCGCCAUGCAAGUGGCAGCCCCCCCUAGUGUUCAGGUGAAUAGAGUGCUGACCUACCGUGACUUGGACAAUGAUCUCAUGAAGUAUGCUGCAUUCCAAACCUUGGAUGGAGAGAUUGAUCUCAAAUUGCUCAGUAAAGUCUUAGCACCAGAACAAGAAGUACGAGAGGAUGAUGCCAUCUGGGACUGGAACCAUCUCUACACAGAGGUUGCCUCUGAACUUCUAAGUGAAUGGGACUCUGGGCAAUCAGAAAAAGAAGAGACCCUUAUGAACAAGAAUGCUUGAAUUUUGAUGGAUUGCACAGUUGUACAGACAUUCCUUUUUAGUAUGAUUCUUAUUUGAGAAAUGAUUUUUGUCUACACUAUAUAAUAAUAGCUAUUUUAGAAAUGUAUCUAACAGUAUUUAAAAGAAGUUUUGUAUUGAUAUUCAAGUUAGGGUUAGGGUUAGGGUAUUGAUAUUCAAGUUAAUUGGUUAUAUUUUUUAUUAACUGUGCAAUACUUUCAAUUCUCUUCAGUAGGUAAUGUUUUUCAAAGUACUUACAUGCCUAUUUUAAGAUGUUUUUUUUCUUAGAUACAUGUAUGCCUCAUUGCAAAAUGUUAUGCUUUAUCCUCAGAGCUAUUAUAGAUAGACAAGUCCGGAAUAUUAAAUUAAUUUAUUACCUUUCCUCACUUAAGUGGUGACUCUAACAUAUAUUCAAAUUUGUUUAAAUGUACAUGAAUAAUAAAUGUGUAAAGAAGAGGCUACACAAACAAAAAGCAACCAAGUGCAUCAUACAUCACAUGAGCUUUUUGAAUUUGGAAGUGAACUGGGUGUACCAGUUUCCUGUUCUAAAAUAUGCUGGAGGUUGACUGCUUUCCCAAGAUCAUAAUUUGUGAAUUUAUCUAUGCUGAUCACCCAAGCUAAUAGUACACUUAGCAGUGUAGUGGGCAGUGAAAUGGAGCUAUCAACAACAACAAAACCCAUGUUUGUGCAUAAGCAGCAUAUUGCAGAUAUAAAAGGCAGGAAAAUUAAAAACUUCUUUCAUUUUGAAUUGGACUAGUCUAACUCCCCUCCAAAACCGGAACAGAAUGUUAGGAACUACUGAGCCAAACAGUAGGGAAAGCAGCAGGGAUAAACAUAUCUUUUCAAAGAGAUUUGUUUGAAUGUGCAAAACUAUCCCCUUGUUUCAAGUUGCCAAAGUGGUUAAGGCUUUUUUCCAGGUUUUCUGGUUCCUUUAGAACAGGGCUGGGCAGUUAAUUUUGCCAAGAGGCCACAUGAGAAACUGUGACUGUCAUGGAGGAUAGAACCAAUACCUGCAUAGGCAACCAUGCACACACACAUGUACAUUUGAAAAAAAAAAAGUCACCCUCCAAUGUAAAGCAACACCAUUGGAUUGCAUACUUGACAUACACUUAAUUACAUUUGAUUUUUAACAGAAUAACUGAGUUGGAAGGGACCUCGGAAGUCUUCUACUCUAACCUGCUCAAACAGGAAACCGUACACCAGAGGUCCUCAACCCCUGGGCUGCAGCCUGUUCGGAACCCAUGAGCGCACAUUUGUGGGAGCGGUGGGUGCUUGCACGCACAGCUCCAUUUGCACGAGCGUCAGGUACAUGCAAUUGCACUCAGAGCUCCCAUUUGUGAGAGUGGCAGGCGCUUGCUCUUGAAGCUCCAUUUGCACAGCAGCAGGCGCUCAUACUCGCAGCUCCAUUUGCAGAAUUCCACUCAGAAAUAAUGCAGAAUUCCUCUCAGAAAUAUUCAUAUAUCUCCUUGCAUGCAUGAAAUCUCUGCAUAGAAGCAUCAUCCCCAUCAGUGUACAGUCUGGGAAUUGGGAACCGGUAUGGGGAAUUAUCACUUAACUGUUGUUAAGGUGCUCUUCAAAAGCUUUGCCAUUUUUUUCCAAGUAU